CCAUUCCAAAGAACAUUACGGGUGAAGCUGCCCCCGCUGAUCCAUCGAUCGUCAGGCUGGCGCCCCGAGAGACACGCGGGAGCGUGCAGCCAGGUACAGAUACGCACAAAAAGUUGACGAGAGUACGAGACGACGAACGGCGACCAGCAUCUACUGCACAGAGCCGAGCCCACACGGUGUCGUCUCGCCUUCUUUUAUGCAGGAGAACGGGGCAGGGGAAGAGACAACCCACAAGUAACGCCUCGCCUCCUUCGUCCUUCGUCUUCUUCUAGCCCGAGCUUGCACUUCCAUAGCCACCUGAGUCGGAAACGACACCAUCAAGAGGUUGCAGCCAGUGGGCAGUAGCGGUAGCAUGGUGCUCAGGAGGUGGUGGGAGAUGGAUGCUGCUGUGAUCUUGAGGCUCCUGCACGUCGCCUUCCUCUUCCACUUGGCAACAUCGCAGUCGUUCAUCGGAGUCAACUAUGGGACCAUCGCCGACAACCUCCCGCCAGCGGCGUCGACGGCCAGCCUCCUGACGUCGACGUCCAUCGGAAAGCUCCGACUGUACGAGCCCCAGCCGGACCUCGUGGCCGCGCUGGCGGGCUCCGACAUCUCCAUCCUGCUGGGCGUCCCAAACUCCGACGUCCCGAGCCUCGCCUCCUCCCCGGCCGCCGCUGCGUCAUGGGCCGCCGCCAACAUCCCCACCACUGUGUCCGUAUCCGCCAUCUCCGUCGGCAACGAGCUCCUCAACUCCGGCGACCCGACGCUCGGCCCCCAGCUUCUCCCCGCCAUGCAGAACCUCCUCGCCGCGCUCCCAGCAGGCUCAACCACCAAGAUCUCCACGGUGCACUCGAUGGCGGUGCUGGCGUCGUCGGACCCGCCGUCCUCCGGCGCGUUCCACGUGGACCUUGCCGGCAGCCUGGACCCGGUGCUGGAGUUCCUCCACCAGAACGGCGGGCCGUUCAUGAUCAACCCAUACCCGUACUUCGCAUACGCCUCUGACACGCGGGACGAGACGCUGGCUUUCUGCCUGUUCCAGCCCAACCCGGGCCGCGCCGACGCCGCCUCCGGGCUCACCUACACCAACAUGUUCGACGCGCAGCUCGACGCCAUUCGCGCCGCGCUCGACGCCAAGGGGUACCCAGACGUGGACAUCGUAAUCGCCGAGACCGGCUGGCCGUACAAGGGGGACGCCAGCGAGGCCGGCGCCACGCCGGACAACGCCAGGGCCUACAAUGCCAACCUCGUCGCGCACCUCAAGUCGCAGGUCGGCACGCCGCGGACGCCCGGCAAGUCCGUGGACACCUACAUCUUCGCGCUCUACGACGAGGACCUCAAGCCCGGGCCGGCGUCCGAGCGGUCCUUCGGGCUGUACCAGGCCGACCUCACGCCCAACUACGACAUCGGGCUCGCCAAAGGCAGCGGCGCCGCUCCCACCACGUCGGGCCAGAUCGGUGUCACUCCAGCUCCGGCACAGGUGCAACCAGGGAGGGGGGUGACGCCGACGGGAUUCUGUGUGACCACGGGCGGCGCACCGGGGGGCACGCAGCAGGCGCAACAGAGCAGCUCUUGCUAUGAGCCGGCAGGGGCAACGUCGAGGAGAGGUCAGACCGGCAUGCACCAGUUUGCAUGGUUUUGUAUUUUGCUCGGUCUGGCAAUGUUGGUGCAAAGUGGACGACUGUAGAGAUAUUUUUCAUCGGCCACAAGAAAAUCAAUAGACUUUUGAUUUUGAAA